AUGCGUCGAUCCAGUACCGUUGUCGCGUUUUUUGCUGUACGUAGAGUAGCUCAUAUAAUAGUAAGAGGCGGCAUUAAUGUGGAACCGAGAACUGCCAUUCGAGCUGUUGAUGAGCCCAGAACUGCGAUUCGAGCUGUUGAUGAGCCCAGAACUGCUAUUCGAGCUGUCGAUGAACCAAGAACUGCUAUUCGAGCUGUCGAUGAACCAAGAACUGCUAUUCGAGCUGUCGAUGAACCAAGAACUGCUAUUCGAGCCGUCGAUGAACCAAGAACUGCUAUUCGAGCUGUCGAUGAACCAAGAACUGCUAUUCGAGCCGUCGAUGAACCAAGAACUGCUAUUCGAGCCGUCGAUGAACCAAGAACUGCUAUUGGAGCCGUCGAUGAACCAAGAACUGCUAUUCGAGCCGUCGAUGAACCGAGAACUGCUAUUCGAGCCGUCGAUGAACCAAGAACUGCUAUUCGAGCCGUAGAUGAGCCGAAAACUGCCAUAGGAGCUCCGCUAACAACUUCUGCAGCUGGAAAAAGUAGUGGUUAUGAUGGAGGUGCACGUAGUGCCUAUUUUGGUGUUGGAGGAGGCGGAUUUGAUGGAGGCGCACGUAGCGCCUAUUUCGGAGUAGGUGGUGGUGGGGGCACCGGUGGCGGCGGCGGUUAUUACGGAGGCGGACGCUCUGGAGGUGGUUAUGGUAGUGGUGGCAGAGGAGCCCCACAGAGUGUAUACUUCACACCGAAUAGUGGCAGUGCAGGGAGAAGCGAUGGGUAA